AUGAUACGACUAAAACAACAGAGCUGUACUACUUCUACAAUGUCCUUCCUUCUUAACAUCAGUACUGAUUAUUUAAAGGGUGAUGUGGAAGAACAGAGAUGUUCAUUGGAAAACUCAAUCGAAGCACUCUUUCAAAACCAUGGAGGAAAAAAACAUCUUCAAUAUAAACCACUUAUCUUUGUUGAUGCAAGAAACAAGGAAGACGAAGAACUAGCCACAUUAAAGAAACAGCUAGUUGACGUUGCAUUAGACCAUCCUCGCUGUGGGGAACUGAUGCCAACAAAGUUUGUACCCCUUGAAUUUCAACUAGCAAGACAAGUAGAGGAAAACAAGAAAAUACUAACAAUGGAUCAACUGAAUGACAUUAACAAGCAAAAUGAAAAAAUGGCUUUAACCCCUGCUCAGCUUAAAUCGUUUCUAAAGGUUAACCAUGCUCUGGGAAAACUGAUCUAUUUUGAUGAAGCAGGCCUGAGAGAUAAUGUUAUAAUAGAUCCUGUGUUUUUGGUGGAUGUACUACGUUCCAUUGUCACUGAUGACCAGUUUUGGCCAAAGCACCUCAAAGAAAUGUUAAACGCUCUCAAAGAAAGCGGAAAACUGUUGGAACAGGACCUAUAUGAAAUAUGGAAGCAAGACUGUUUUCGUGAGAUCUGGGCACAUAACGAUUACAUAGUAGACAUGCUAGUUCAUUUGGACAUUCUUUGCAGACAGAAAGACGAUGAAGAUGGAUCACACUUUUUCUUGGUGCCAUGUAUGAUUAGUACCAAAAGAGAAGAGAGCCAACAGAUAAACCAUGACAGAAGCAUUCAUUUGGCUUACAGGUUUAAGGAGGAAGUUGUACCACCUGCUAUUUUGUACAGGUUCAUUGCCACCUUCAUAUCAAUAUGGAAGUUACGCGUCAGUGCUAAAUCCAGUCGUCUGAUGAUCUUUACAGACAGUGCUGAUGUAAGAAUUGACGGGGAGCAUGAUAUGAGAUUUGACAUUCAGGGAAACAGAUUCAUAGUUUCUCUCUCGCACAAAGAAAACAAAAUCUCUAUUGUACCAACAAUUGCAUCUACAGCUCAAGAAUGCCUAACACAUGCUAUCACGAACAUUUCCAAUUUCUAUUUCUCAGUUUCAGAGGAUUCUGCUUGUACUAGAGAUGUGCCGUUUAUCAUUCAGAUUGGUAUAGUUUGUGGGACAGAUCUUUGCUUUUUUGACCAUACACUGUCAUCAAAGGAGGAAUGGACAUGCCCAGAACACAAGACAAGACACAACACAAAUGCUGUGUCAAUAUGGUUUGCAGACAAGUUACAUACAAAAGAUGACAGAUGCCCUGAAGAUUGCCCUGGUAAGAAAUAUCUGAACGAAAGUUUCAAUGAUAAUGGGGAUCUCGGUUAA